UUGAGAUCUGUUACCAAUUCAGGAGAAGCAAUAACGGAUACUUCACCACCACCGUAUUCGCUAUUUCCUCCAGCUCUCAUUGACAAUGUUGCGUCAAAAACCACCGAACAGUCAUUGUUGCCGGUGACUGGACAGUCCAUGAUGAUGCUGUCGGUAAAGCGGGAGGAUGGUGUGAAUGCCAUCUCCGUAGAAGAAUUAGUGAAGUUGGUGGUAUCAGCAAUGAAGAACUCUGGUUUGUCAGAAGUUGAGAAGGAAAGCCCAGAAGAAAUACUGCGGAGGAAAAGACAGCAGAAUAACAAGGCAGCGGCUCGUUAUCGCAAGCGCCAACGUGAGGCACGAAAUAUGGCGGAGGGCGAGUUGGAACAGCUUCUUCAACGAAAUGAAAGCCUGCGACAAACCAUAGAACAUAUGCAGAUGGAAAUCGCUGAACUGAAAAGUGCAGUUCUCAGAGGAAAUAGAUAA